ACAUGGCCGCAAGCACCCCGCGCGCACCCCGAAGCGCCGCGCCCAGCUCGCCGAAGGUCCGUCGGCUGCGCCCGGCCGCCCCGGAGCCAGGCAGCGGCUGAGCGGGGAAGUGCCCGCGUCCGGGGAUCGGGAUGACCCUCCUCCUCCUCCUCUGGCUAGUUUCCUACUAUGUUGGAACCUUGGGGACUCACACUGAGAUCAAGAGAGUGGCAGAAGAAAAGGUCACUUUGCCCUGUCACCAUCAACUGGGGCUUCCAGAAAAAGACACCCUGGAUAUCGAAUGGCUGCUCACCGAUAAUGAAGGGAAACAAAAUGUGGUGAUCACUUACUCCAGCCGUCAUGUCUACAAUAACUUUUCUGAGGAACACAAGGGCCGAGUGGCCUUUGCUUCCAAUUUCCUGGCAGGAGAUGCUUCCCUGCAGAUUGAGCCUCUGAAGCCCAGUGAUGAGGGCCGAUACACCUGCAAAGUGAAGAAUUCAGGGCGCUAUGUGUGGAGCUACGUCAUCUUAAAAGUCUUAGUGAGACCAUCAAAGCCCAAGUGUGAAAUGGAAGGAGAGCUGACGGAAGGAAGUGACCUGACUUUGCAGUGUGAGUCAUCCUCUGGCACAAAGCCCAUUGUAUAUUACUGGCAGCGAAUCCCAGAGAAGGAGGGAGAGGAUGAACAUCUGCCUCCCAAAUCUAGGAUUGUCAUUCUUUCUGCUUGUGUAGACUACAACAACCCUGGACGCGUUCUGCUGCAGAAUCUCACUAUGUCCUCCUCUGGACUCUACCAGUGCACAGCAGGCAAUGAGGCUGGGAAGGAAAGCUGUGUGGUGCGAGUGACCGUACAGUAUGUACAAAGUAUCGGCAUGGUUGCAGGAGCAGUAACAGGCAUGGUGGCUGGGGCCCUGCUGAUUUUCCUCUUGGUGUGGCUGCUAAUCCGAAAGAAAGACAAAGAAAGAUAUGAGGAAGAAGACAGACCUAAUGAAAUUCGAGAAGAUGCCGAAGCCCCGAAAGCUCGCCUCGUGAAGCCUAGUUCCUCUUCCUCAGGCUCUCGGAGCUCACGCUCCGGUUCUUCUUCCACUCGCUCCACAGCAAAUAGUGCCUCACGCAGCCAGCGGACAUUGUCAACUGAAGCAGCACCCCAGCCAGGGCUGGCCACCCAUGCAUACAGCCUAGUGAGGCCAGAGGUGAGAGGUUUGGAACCAAAGAAAGUCCACCAUGCUACUCUGACCAAAGCAGAAACCACACCCAGCAUGAUUCCCAACCAGAGCAGAGCCUUCCAAACUGUCUGAAUUAGAGUGGACUUGACUCUCAUGCUUUCCUAGGAGUCAGGAUCUUAGGACUCUUCUAGUGAUUGAAGCGCAGUCACCAGGCACACAACCCCCUCAAACCAGAUGAGAGGUCAUUUAAGUAGCAGUGAGCAUUGCAUGGAACAGAUUCAAAUGAGCACUUUCCUUAUAUGACACGAAACAAGGAAAAGGAUGUAAGCCGAUCAUCUCCAAAAAGGUAUCACAUCAUGCCUUUAGAGUAGAGUGGGGGAAAGCAGAAGUCCAAAUCUGUGCAUUUGUUGACCAAGACCUGUGGUGAGAAAGGCCGGGGAAAGGGGAAGUGAACAUACUUAAAACUUCUCACCUGAGAUGUUUUGUAUCAAUACUUCGAUUCACCAUUGUCAAGAACAAAUAAGGUGUUGUUCAUAAAUUUUCUAUGCAUUUCUGCAAACCUACUGGAUUACUGUGAUUAUUCAGAGUCAAGGAGAACCCACAGCCUCAUAUUACACCUAUCUGCACCACGUACUGGGCUUACCGCUUCUGAGAAACUCCCAAAAGGAGACAUAUCUCUUCUAUUCUGACUUGACUUCAUUUACCAUAAGGUUUGAAUAUUAAUUUCAACAGAAGUUGAAAUACUGGGAGAUGGAGAAGAAUGAUUUUCUCCCACUCUAUCCACUACUAAUCUUCCUACUUACACUGAACCAUAAAAGAACUAAAAAAGGAAUCCAAAAUGUGUGACAAGGGACUGUGAAAAACUUUCCAUCUUAAUGAUGUUCAGAGGUUCACUAACAAAUAUCAGAAAUAUAUACUGGAAUAAUUGUGGAUUUUCCCUCAAAUCAGAUGUCUCUAAGGACUUUCCUGCUGGGUAUCUCUGGAGCAAGAAAACAUUCACUACAUGUCAUUUAACAAUGUCCUUAGAAAGAAGUCUUCUAGAGGAAAAGAGAUCUUUUAAAGAUGCUGAAAGAUCAUCUGACAUACCAUUAUAUUCUCUUCUUUCUGAGAACAUAUGAAAUCAGAAUUUCAAGACUGACUAGACUAAAAGGGGAGAUUAGAUCAGUUUUCUCUUAAUAUGUCAAUGAGUGGUAUAAGGAAGUUUAGUAUUGCACAAAUUUGGAGCUUCCCCCAUUUUUUUCAUCGUAGAAGGAUGUAAACCCGGCACUUUUGAUGAUUCUAGGCCUUAAAUUAUCAAAAAGAUCAGGACUGCCAACGUUUCCUAAUGGCAUCAUAUGUCAUAAUCAUACCCACCUGAGAGGGUGAGGCAUGGAGAAAUUUGGUAUUUUCCCAGCUUAGCCUCUAAGGCAGCCUAGCUCUGGGCUGGAAGGAAAGGGAAUUAACACUUAGGGAAGAGAUGGUGAGGAUAACUAGUGGGUGGCUGAAGAGGGCUGGGUUAAUGCCUGCUAGCAUUUUAAUUAUCUGCACCUUGGAAAGAAUCAGCAGAAAUGAUUCACCAGGAUAGCUCUCGGAAGAGGUGAUUCACGGGAGAAGAAAGGUGUCUGAGAAAUAAAAAGAAAAUAGCAGCCUCCAAUAACUUGCCUUCUUAAUAGUUUUGACUACUGUGCUAGUCAAAUGCAUCCUAUGGCAAGAAUGCUAAACCUGAAAUAACCCUUCAAGGACCCUAGUGCAAAUGUCAACAGACCACCACUGGGAGAGCAAAAUACUUAUUAUUAUUAAAGGGGCAGCAGGCUAUAGGAAAGAAAAAGUAAUGCUGAAUAUGAUGAUGAAAGCAUUGUUUCUAAAAUAGAAAUCAGAUGCUUAAAGGGAAAUGGCUGAUCUGGGAUUUUGCCCCAUUUCUCUAGUUUUCCAUUUCUACAUUUAAUUCUCACAAUACUGCCCUCAAUAGUGCAAAUGCAUUUCCUUCUAAAAGUCCUUUAAGAAACAGAGAUUUAUCCUUGGGUGAAAGUUUUCAUCUGAGUUUUGUCUUCCUCUAAAAAAAAAGGUGGAAAAUAAGCAACAUUAAGGAAGUAAUGU